AUGUCGGAGGCUGGUUAUGCCGUGUUCUGGUUGCCCUGUUGCAGGGCAAUCGCCGUGAACCAGAUCACUCGGCCAUGCUUGCUGCGCAAACCAAGGGAAUCGACGCUGUUGCCAGUCGAAAUACGUGUUCUGCGCACGCAGAGUCCUUGUACGACGCCGGAGAGGGGUGAGAAAUUCUAA